GUCAUACUGUUCAUCCUUUCUAGGUACAAAUGCAUAGCCAGGAUAGCAGCUUUGGCGUCUUUACGAUUUAGGGCACUUGCAUCUCCGCCUGCCACUCACGGCUUGCCAGCAAACCGUGCAAGCCCAAUGCGAUCGUCUUGUUGCCGCCUCCUUGUUGGCGCCGCUCGCCAAACAGCCUUCGCGUCUUCUCGAGUUCCAUCCGCAGCAUCAGCGGCUGAUGAGGCCGGACCAGCCCUCUUCCACGCAACCACAUGCAUCAUCAACAACAACAAUUUAAACUCUACACCCUACCUAUCCUCCUUGCUCCUAAUCCCGACCGGCCUCCUCCCCCACCCCUCGUGCACCGCCUCCUCAGCUGCCUCCCUCCUCCUUCCCACCUCCCAUCGAGCCCUCGCCACCUCCACCCCCACCCACCUCUCCUCCGCCACAUCCCCUGAACCCCCCUCCUCCUCCUCCUCCUCCUCCUCCUCCUCCUCCUCCUCCUCCACCUCCUCCUCUUCCAGCCGACAGCCCCCCCGCAGCAAGACGCCCCGCCAUACCCGCCCUCCCGCUGUCACCCCCGCCACCAAACCCAGCCCGCUACCCGGUCCCCUCCUCCGCGGCCCCAAAAGCCCCGGAACCCCAGGCGCCGUCAAAGGGGGGCCGGGACCCAAGGCCGCAGCCGCCGCCGCCGCCGCCAAGUCCCUGGGCGGGCAGCGGCCGCUGCUGCCGCGUGCCGCCCGGCGUCAACUCGACGCGCUGCUGGCGGAGGUGCCGCUGCCGCCGCCGCCGCAGCUGAUGCCGUACAACGGCCGUACGGAAGCGGCGGAGGGAGCUGAGGGGGCGCGAAGCGUGCAUGUGACGGGGUUUUACCUGGGUCACCCGUUGCCUCCCUCCACUGCCGCUGCGCUGGUUGCUCAGCUGCGGUCCCGGCCGCUGGCUCCGGGGUUGCAGUUGGCGGCGGUGGCACCGGAUAGCGAGCACACGCUACUGGUGAUGAGGGCAGAAGCGGAGUCGGGGGCGGGAACAGAGGGGACAGCGGGUACGCUAGGUUUGGGGCAUGGAGCAGAGAUCAGCAUUCCAUUGACUUCCUCUUCCUCCGGAGGAGCAGGAGGAGCAGGCGGGAUAGCAGCAGCAGCAGGUGGGGGAGCAGGGACCCCAGCGGGCGCCCCUCCCGCGGAGGCUCAAGCAGCUGAGGUAGCGGCAGGGGAGGGCAGCGAGGCAGCUGCAGCGGCGCAAGAGGCGACACAGGAAGCGGCCAGCAGCAGCAACCAGCCAGUCCCCCCACCUACCUCCUGCAUGGCGAUCAUGCUGCUCGAAUAUGGGGGAGUCGCGUUCUUCAACGUCCCCGAGCCCCUCAUGCUGGCAGCUCUAGGGAGGCUGGCGGGACUGGCGUUGCCGCCCUCGCAGCUAGCGGAGCUGCCGCCGCUGCCGGGGGCUGCUGGCGGUGGUAUGACCCGUGGGUCGGUGUCGUCAGCAGGGUCGGCAGGGGGGGUGACGGCGGGUAUCAGUGGGUAUGGGCUGCAGGGAGCCGCUUUGGAGUCGUGGCGGGCGGCGGCCAGUGAGAAGCUGCACAAGGAGGAGCAGCUAGUGCUUGUGGCCGCCCCCCCGGCUGACGGCGCCCUCCCCCGCGGCCGGCCCAAGGGCAGCGGGGGGCGGUGGAUCCGCAAGCUGGAUGACGCGUUCCACAUCCGGGAGUGGGACAGUAUCAACCUGGAGAGCGCCGCACGGGUGGUCACCCAGUCCGCAGCCAUCCGCUGCUACAACAGCCAGUGCGAGGACAUGCUAGAGAGGUAUGAGACCAUCAUGCCCCUGGGAAGUGAGCCCUCCGAGCCGGCCAGCCUGGGCGAGCGGCUGAUGUGGUGGCGGAGCAGGCUGCCGCUGCGGGACCUGCGGCAGAUGGUGCUCAAGAGCUCCGGCAUCCGCGUGCGGCUGUUCAGCCGGCUGGGUCUGCGCGAGCCGCCCGCCAGCACCUGGGAGAGCGCGAGGCACCACGCGGUGUGGGAGGCCAUGCGGCGGGAGUUCGAGCUGGAGGAGCGGAGCGAGACCAUCAUGGACAAGACCGAGCUGCUGAAGCAGUCCUGUCUUGACCUCAUCUCCGCCAACAACGAGUCCUUCACGAAGCGCUCCGAGCUGUCCAUUAUCCUGCUCAUCAGCGCGGAGAUCGCGAUCAGCCUGACGGGCUUGCAC